UUGAAGUGUCGCUCUAUUUCGUAAAAAUGUCUGACAAAGUUGUGUUGCAUUACUUCAAUGGAAGAGGAAAGAUGGAGUCGAUCCGAUGGCUGCUGGCUGCAGCUGGAGUCCAGUUCGAGGAAGUGUUUUUGACCAAAAGGGAGCAGUAUGAAAAACUGCUCAGUGGUAUUGGAGCCCUGAUGUUUUCAGCAGGUGCCUUUGUUGAAAUAGACGGCUCGCUGCGUGCAGGUCCAAAGCCCAUCUUGAAUUAUCUUAGCUUGAACAAUACAAUCUAUAUGGGAAAAGACCCUGUAAAGCACGUGCCUAUGAUCGACAUGUAUUCAGAGGGUGCCAGUGAUCUAACGGAUUUGAUUAUUAUGUAUCCUUUCAAACCAGCUGAACACAAACAGACACACCUCAGUACUAUAGAGCAAAAGGCCAAAGAUCGCUUUCUUCCUGUGUUUGAAAAGGGUCUUGCAGACUCUUUCAUUUCCUGGUGGGGAAAACCAGCUGCGCCGAGCCGAAGUUCACCUCUUGAAGUCACUCUGAUGUGCAGGAGGCGGUCAAGAGAAAAUAAAGGCCGUUACCCAACAAUCAGCAAGUUUCUCCAGCCUUGGCAGCGCAAAGGAAAAAGGGGAAGAAAAGGGAAAGCCCUCACCCGAGGAGGUCGUAUGUGA